AUGAAAUCAGCUCUCACCGCCUGCGUCGCCUUCGCGGCCGCGGCGAAUGCCGCCGUCCAAGGCUUCGAUGUUUCCCACUGGCAGCCGACUGUGAACUUCGCUGGCGCGUACAGCUCGGGUGCCCGCUUCGUCUUCAUCAAGGCCACCGAAGGCACCUCGUACAUCGACCCUUCGUUCUCGUCCCACUACACGGGGGCCACCAACGCUGGUCUCAUCCGCGGCGGCUACCACUUCGCUCACCCGGGCCAGACCACCGGCGCGGCGCAGGCCGACUACUUCAUCGCCCACGGCGGUGGCUGGACCAGCGAUGGCCGCACCCUGCCCGGCAUGCUCGACCUCGAGUCCGGCUCGUCCGGCCAAUGCUGGGGUCUGUCGGCCGCCUCCAUGGUUUCGUGGAUCAAGGCUUUCAGCGACCGUUACCACUCUCGCCUAGGUGUCUACCCGCUGAUUUACACCAACCCCUCGUGGUGGUCCGCCUGCACCGGCAACUCCAACGCCUUCGUCAGCACCAACCCCCUCGUACUCGCCCGCUAUGCUAGCAGCCCCGGUACUAUCCCCGGCGGCUGGCCGUACCAGACCAUCUGGCAGAACUCGGAUUCGUACGCCUACGGUGGUGACUCGGAGAUCUUCAACGGCGACUUGGCCGGCCUCCAGAGGCUCGCCAAGGGCUAA